CCUUCGGAUCUUCACUGCAACAAGUAUUAUUUAUUUAAAACAUAUCACUAUUAUUUUUUAAAUAUGUAAUAUUACUACGGGUAUCAUAUCAAUAUCAAUCGUUAGUUUGAAAUAAAAACAUGGAUAUAGAUAAAUUUAUUUACAUUAGAUAAUUCCAAACAUCAUCAAGUGUUGCAUUUUGUUUUAUUUUUUUUUAAAACUGCAGCGGCAGAACUAUUAUAUCAUUGGGUAGAUAACCUUGGUGGUCAAUUGUGAUGUUAAUUAAAGAGAGACGAGCUUUGAUAUAAUAAUUCAGUUAUAAGUAAUAAAAUUGUUAAAUAAUAAAGUAUUGAAGUAUAUAUAUAAAAAACCUUCUGUAUUAUUUGUCUUGCGGUAUUUGUUCACAAUAUCCAAGUGUCAAAUAAAUUACAUUUAAUAGAAAUGGCAACACAUUGGGGAAUUGCUAGUGCUGGGAAAAUUUCCCAUGAUUUUACAAACGCAGUGGCUACAUUGCCUAAUAAUGAACACGAAGUUGUUGCUGUCGCUGCACGUGAUAUAAAACGUGCUGAGGAGUUUGCUAAAUUGCAUCGUAUUAAAAAAGCUUAUGGGAGUUAUGAGGAAUUGGCAAAAGAUACUAAUGUUGAAAUUGUUUAUGUUGGAACUUUGAAUCCUCAGCACCUGGAAGUCGCAAAAUUGAUGUUAAGUCAUGGAAAGCACGUACUUUGCGAAAAGCCAUUGACGAUGAACUUGAAACAGACUACAGAGUUGAUAAACUUUGCCAAGUCCAAAGGUUUAUUUUUGAUGGAAGCUAUUUGGAGUAGAUGCUUCCCAGUCUACGAAGCUGUUAAAAAAGCGAUCAAGGCCGGAGAAAUCGGAGAUGUCAAACAAGUUAUCGUAUCAUUUGGAUUUGCUAUGGAGCAUGUUGACCGUUUAAAUGUCAAAGAAAUGGGCGGUGGGACAAUCUUGGAUCUUGGAGUUUACACUCUACAAUUGGUUCAGUUUGUUUAUGAUGGAGAAAAACCGAUAGAUGUAAAAGCCGGAGGCUUCUUGAAUGCUGAUGGGGUCGACAAGUCCAUGUCAGCGACUUUGAUUUAUAAAAAUGAUCGCACAGCCACGAUAAUGACACACUCAGUGGUAACUUUACCAAAUGAAGCUGUUAUCAUCGGCACUAAAGGCGUGAUCAAAAUCCCGACCUUCUGGUGUCCAGUGACGGCUGAAUUGCCGUCUGGAAAAAUAAAGUUCGACUUGCCAAAGGCUCCACAUCAAUUUAAUUUCAUCAAUAGUGCUGGACUUCGUUAUGAAGCUGCUGAAGUUCGGGCUUGUAUCCAAGCUGGCUUGAAAGAAAGUCCCAAAGUUUCUCAUGCUGAAUCUUUAAUUAUUGCUGAGCUGGAAGAUGAAUUGCGUCGUCAAAUUGGAGUUAUGUAUCCUCAAGAUAAAUAGAGCAUCUUUAAUAUAUUGACAAUAAUGGCACAUAUAAUACACAAAUAAUUAUUAAUAUAAUAUUUAUAAAUAAUAAUAAUGUAAU